GUCGGAGACAUGGCGACGCAUCCCUGGAUGCUACAUCUUUGGCUACUCUGUUUUCUUCAUGCAUGCCUUUUGCAGCACGCAUCAGCGUUGCGGGAGUGUCACUGUACAAGUGGAUGUGACGUCGGUUUCCGGUGCGCUAGUGGCUGUCUCCAGGGCUGGUCGGGUCCCACGUGUCAGAUACGGAACAUUGCUCUGAACAAACCCACGCAACAAAGCAGCACUGUCAAUGACUGUCGGUGGGCGGACACAUCCGCCAAGAGAGACGUGUGUGGAGACAAGAAUUCCUCCCUGGCUGUGGACGGUGUGGUCAGCAGCAGCCACUGGUCAGGGACAUGUACACACACGGCACCAGGCCGGACAUCCGCCGAGUGGAGAGUGGAUCUGGGAGAGACACACCUCAUCACCAAUCUGAGAAUAUUCUCCUCUUAUACACUUCAACGGACAUCACUGACCAUGUUAAAUGCUCAUAUUGAUGUGUGUUUCUGUUUAAUUCUAGGACGAAUGAGAGGUUUCUUGGUACGGGUUGACGAUCGUCUCUGCUAUCAGCAGAGCCUGUCCUACCGCCCCAGCUCCCCCAUCAACAUCAGCUGUGACACGCCCACACGUGGACAACAUGUCACUGUCCAGCUGCCAACACUGGCCGACUCGGAAUACAUCCUCAAUCUCUGUGAAGUGGAAAUAUUUGAGUGUACUGACGGAAGUUUCGGACCUGACUGCAGUUCCUGGUGUUUCUGUAGGAACACAUCUGAGGUGUGUGACAAAACCUCUGGACACUGUGAGAGUGGUUGUACUGACGGUCGUGUCGGGGCUGACUGCCAGGGACUGUGCGCUGACGGACGCUUCGGGCCUGGCUGCAGUUCCUGGUGCUACUGUAGGAACACAUCUGAGGUGUGUGACAAAACCACUGGACACUGUGAGAGUGGGUGCCGUGAUGGAUACACUGGGACGGGCUGUCAGGGAAUUUGCGCUGAUGGACGCUUCGGGCCUGGCUGCAGUUCCUGGUGCUACUGUAGGAACACAUCUGAGGUGUGUGACAAAACCACUGGACACUGUGAGAGUGGGUGCCGUGAUGGAUACACUGGGACGGGCUGUCAGGAAAUUUGUCCUCUGGGACGCUAUGGUUCUGGCUGCAAGGAGACGUGUGGACAUUGUGCUGAAGGAAAUCAGAACUGUCACAAGGUAGACGGGAACUGUACACGUGGCUGCCAAGACAACUGGAGAGGAACAUUUUGCAAAGAGUGCAUUGACUACUGGUUCGGUGACCAGUGUGACAUGGAGUGUAGAUGUAAGGACAGGCAUGAAGUGUGUGACAAGAGGACAGGUCAGUGUGAUUCUGGAUGCGAAGACGGAUGGACAGGACUGGACUGUCAUACACUGUGCACUGGCGGACGCUUCGGGCCUGGCUGCAGUUCCUGGUGCUACUGUAGGAACACAUCUGAGGUGUGUGACAAAACCACUGGACACUGUGAGAGUGGGUGCCGUGAUGGAUACACUGGGACGGGCUGUCAGGAAAUUUGUCCUCUGGGACGCUAUGGUUCUGGCUGCAAGGAGACGUGUGGACAUUGUGCUGAAGGAAAUCAGAACUGUCACAAGGUAGACGGGAACUGUACACGUGGCUGCCAAGACAACUGGAGAGGAACAUUUUGCAAAGAGUGCAUUGACUACUGGUUCGGUGACCAGUGUGACAUGGAGUGUAGAUGUAAGGACAGGCAUGAAGUGUGUGACAAGAGGACAGGUCAAUGUGAUUCUGGAUGCGAAGACGGAUGGACAGGACUGGACUGUCAUACGCUGUGCGCUGACGAACGCUUCGGGCCUGGCUGCAGUUCCUGGUGUUUCUGUAAGAACACAUCUGAGUUGUGUGACAAAACCACUGGACACUGUAAGAGUGGGUGCCGUGAUGGAUACACUGGGACGGGCUGUCAGGAACAACUCCCGAACGUGGGCUGUCUAGCCAGUGUGGGUGUGGCGUACACGCUUGUCUGUGUCCUCGCCGUGCUGCUGAUUAUAGCUGUAUAUCUCCUGAAGAGACGGAAACAACGAAUGACGAAUGUUGAAGUCGCCACAACUUCGCCCGAUGCCAUUAUUAAUCCAGCAUUUCUGGUUGAAGAGAUGGCUGCUGAUGACGUUUACGUCAAUGUGGAAUCGACCAUGGUGAAGGUAUCUGAGCUUCGAGAAUACAUCACGAAGGGAAAGGAUAAGUUUGUGUCCGAGCAUGAGAGAGUGCCUGUGGGUCUGCUUCACCCCCACGCAGUCGCCGCCUCCCCAGAACACAGGCCCAAGAACAGAUUCAAAUCCUUAUAUCCAUAUGACCACUCUCGGGUUGUCCUACAGAAGACGCCUGGGAACAAGCACUCCGACUACAUCAACGCCAACUACAUCGACACCUACACGAGGAAGAAGGCCUUUAUUGCAACCCAAGGCCCAAUGCCCAAGACUGUGGGCGACUUCUGGAGGAUGGUCUGGCAGGAGGAGACCGACAUCAUCGUCAUGCUCACAAGACUCAAGGAGGGAAUAGAGGUGAAGUGCGAGAAGUACUGGCCGGAGGAGAAGAAGCGGCUGACACUUGGAUACCUGACCAUCACAAACGACGGGGUCACUGAGAGACCGGACUACUGCAUCAGACGGAUUACCAUAGACCACAAGAAGCUGAAUGAACGCCGUCAAGUGAUGCACCUGCACUAUGUCUCGUGGCCUGACCAUGACGUCCCAUCAACCCCUGCGUUCGUCCGAUUCUGGAAGGUGUUCAGCGCCAUGGCGGAUGACAGCAAGACUCCCGUCGUCGUCCACUGCAGUACUGGUGUUGGGAGGACAGGGACCUUCAUUGCUUUGGAGGCCCUAGUGGAGCGAGCUCGACAGGAGGGGGUGGUGGACGUCAAUGACUUCGUCCUCAAGAUGUGUGCUGACCGGGUCAGCAUGGUGCAAACAAAGGAGCAGUACCUGUUUCUCCACCAGGUGGUGCUGGAGGCUCUAUACAGCGACAUGACGCAAAUGACGCUCGCCACGUUUGAGAGCCAGUUCAGCGCCGACAACCUCGAAAUUGCUUCGGCUUCAGAGGAAGCCAUCUUGAAAAAAGAAUGGGAGAAACUCAACGAACUGAAGGACGAAUGGAAUGCUUCAGAAACCAAAGGAGCUCUCCUGCCAGAAAACCGGAGGAAAAAUCGUAGCAAGGACAUUCUGCCAGCUGAUAAAUACAGACCGCUCUUAACUCUGCCGGUUGCUGAAAGUAACGAUUAUAUCAACGGUGUAUUCGUGCCUACGGAGACCCGCCAGAAAUGUCUACUGGCAACACAGCUGCCUCUGUCGUCGACUGUGGUGGACUUCUGGAGGAUGGUGUUUGACCACAAUGUCCAGACCAUUGUGUCUCUCGUCUCAGAGGAAUGCUCAGCACAGGCUGACGAGGCCCUAUUUUGGCCGAAGACAAAUGAGGUUUUGGAGUGUGGACCCUUUCGUGUCAAGAAGUUGGAAUCAAUGAACAAGGCUAUGGCACUGAAAGUCUUGUUAAAGGACUCUGAUGAGAGCACCAACAAGGAAGUCAUGUUGCUGUUUGUGAGUGACUGGGAGGAGGGUGAGGACACGCCUACAAACACAUCACAGUUCCUGUGCCUCAUCAACGACCUCGACUCCAGAAUCGCCGCCGGCAACAUCGCUGUCAUGUGCAUGGAUGGUGCCAGCAAGUGCGGACUGUUGUGUGCUGUGCUGAAUAUCAUCCAACGUCUGAAGCAAGACCAGGAGAUAGACGUGUAUCUGGCAGUCAGAUUGCUGCAGACAGUCAAGCCGAACUUCGUGACUUCCUUUGCCCAGUACCAGUUCUGCUACAGGGUGAUUAAAGAAUACCAGAAGACUUUGAACAAUGUGUACGAGUACAUCAUUGAUUAGGAUUUCAUCAACGCUAACUGAGCAGACAGAAUUACGAAACAAAGAGUUAAUGUAAUAUGUCACAGAACGCUUGUUUUAAAUGAAACAUGUUUCUUGGACACAUAGCAUUACCAAACCUUGGAUGGAUACGAGAAUAUUUGGUUAGAAUUCUAACCUACAGCUUUCUUUUCGUCUGAUUGACAGUUGGCUAUAGUUGGAGCUUAUGCUUUAUGUGCUAUGUUUUUUAAUGUUUUAUAGUUUGUUUUUUGUUUAUUCAUAAGAAAAGGUUUGGGUACAAGUUAUACGACUUAGAACACCCUCCUUGUAGUAUUUACAUAUUAAUAUUAUUUACAUUAAUUAUACAAGAUGGACAGACAAUAACAGAAAGAGGAAAAAGAGGAACAAUUGCAAUACUUAAGAAAAUCAUUUUUGAUUGACAUAGAUAUGUUUGCACAGGUUUAGAUAUAUUUUGAUUUAUGUGAACAAUCAUAUCUGCAUUGCCACGUAAUAGUAAUUCAUAGUUUACAUUCACACAGAUAACACUGCGUAAAUUAGUCAUCAUGCCAUGAAUGUUUUAUAGUCAUUUUGAGUCGAAUAUAUUAUCACCCCAUGUUAUUGUGGACACCCUGUGUCAGUAUGUGCAUGCAUAUUAUUAUUAUAUACAAACACAAUGUGUAAGCGCUUCCCCAAGCAUGGAACUUUAAACAACUUAUUGAAGCUAAAAUAUUUCCAUGUCAGCUCCCGUUGAUGACAGCAGAAUUAUGAUCCUCUGCUCAAAAGUACAAAAUAGCAUCCUGAUGUAAAUUCUCAUAAACAGGAUACACCUAUAUAUCAUCAAAUAAGGACACACGUUUUGGUCAACACAUUUUGAGAGAAGCACUGAAGUACUUCUGAUGACAGCGACUGCAUGGACUUCCUUCAUGCUGGUGCUGACGUUAAGAAACAUCAAUAUGUUGGAUCAGAUCCUUGUAUCCUGGAGUUGAUGCUGAGAGUUCCACCUCAUCCAGCAUGCUGCUCGCACAACUGUGUCAAAUACAUUGCACUAUUUUAUGUUACCAUUUUUUAAACUGUUUUUCAUAACUAUACAUAUCGCUUAUACUGAAUGUUUUCCAAUUAACCCCUAACCCCUAUAUGACCAAUGUCGCUAAGCCCUCCUGUUGAAUCAUCAUUUGGAAGUUAAGUGAAACUUAACUAAUCUACACACCAAUACAUCCCUUUAUUCAGUAAUGACUGGUCACUUCGUGGACAAUGCAGAGGUUUGUAGUGAGAAAGCAGAUUUACAACAAGAAGAAUUCAUUUUCUAAAUAUCCGGUAUGUAAGAUUUUCUGAUCAUAGUCUUGAAUGGGGGAUUUGUUUUAUAAGUUUAUAACAUAACAUGAAAUCGAUACUGUUACCGAAAUGAUAUUUUGUCUAUGCCAGUAAUGGAAACUAUCAAUGAAUAAUGUUCGUAUUUGUCAGAAAACAAAUGUCUAUCUCAAAGUAGAAAUGGUUCAGGCGAAACAUAUUGGGUGUCACGACAAACGCUGUGAUCGUACACGUCUGAAAACGUCAACAAAGCGAAAUGAAUAUUAGCGGAAAAUAACCGUUGAUCACAUUGGUUGAAACAAGUACGUAAUCAUGACAUCAUACAUUUGGUACGUGCAACUGAAAUAAUUAAGGAAUGGUUGAAUUUUACCGAGGCGCCAUGACUAGCGCAAAGCCACACCAAGCUAUGACCGUCAGUAGUUCUCCUGUCGACUCAUUAUCCACGCUGAUACGUCAAACGUCCUUGCUAUGAACAUGACUGAAAUAUACGUUUCGACAAUGUUCAGCAUUUUUAUCAAUUAAUACCAUUUAAAUCAAUAGCUAAAAUCCUAAUACAAUAUUUUUGAUCCACGAAGAUACAGUGUCGCGUGAGCGCGAUUCUCUUGCACAACAUGACAAAUAACUAGGUAUCCAGGAAUACUAUUGCUUUUUCUUCGUAUGUAUACGCUCCUCUCGAUCUGUGCCCACACGAUCUUUCAAUAAAUAUUUCGUUACAUA